AUGUUUUAUAUAACUUCUCUGCUUCAAUUUAGAUUUUGCAGGUUGGCUGCUAAGAGCACAAUGAGUAGUGAAGAGGAAACAUGGGAGAAGUUGGAUGCGGAAUUUGAUCACUAUGUUGUAGAUAUGAAGCCGUUUGUACUAAAAUUACCACAUAAAUCAGAACGUCAGAGAUGUGCACUCUGGAUUAAAAAACUCUGUGAGCCCUCAGGAGCAGGUGCAGGAAUCAUGGGUAGAAAGAAUCGGAACUUGUAUGCAAAACUGUUACUGCAUAUGCUGAAACGAGGAGUGCUAGAAGGCCCUUUUACACAUAAACCUGAACCAGGAAUACUGAAAACUUUGCCUUCAUACAUGUCCAUCUAUUUUGAUGAACCAAAUUCAACAAGAGCACAGAGCGGUAGCCCAGAAGCUUUACCUGACUGGGUCAUGGGAGAACUAGGAACAAGUGAAUCAAAACUGGAGGAAUCAUUGAAACUGUCUUCUAGAGAGGAGUCAGCUUUGUUAGCAUCACCACUUGCACAGAGGGAAAGAUACAAGUAUAAUGGGAAGCUAGCGUUAAGGUCACAUUCUAUGAGUCCACCUCACCAGUCAGAUGAGGACAAUGCUGCCAUUCAGAUGCUUGAAAAUAAACACAAAAAAUCAAUUUCUUUGGAUGACAGUGACCUUGAAGCUCGUCUCAAUAGUUGGAAUCUUGGGCUGGAAAAUCCAAGGUAUUUGCGAGAGAAGCCCAUACCUCUGUCUUUGAUGACACCCAAAAUGAGCUUGGGAAAAAUUAGCACUUUUCGUGAUGAACAAUCACUGUUUCGCAUGCAUGAAAAAGAGCUGGAGAUGAAAACAAAAAUAAUGGAAGCUAAAUUUCAUGAAGAGAAGCUUAAAUUACAGCAGAAACAUGAUGCAGAUGUUCAGAAGAUUUUGGAUAGAAAAAAUAAUGAAACUGAAGUAUUGAAGACCCUCUACAAAACUAAACAGAAUGAAGCUGAGGAGACUAUUAGGAAGCUAGAAAAGAAAGUUCAGACCCUUGUUCGUGAGUCACAAAUUGUCAGAGAGACUAAGGAAAAGCAGAUCUUGGAGUUAAAGAAGUUGUGUGAGCAAAGCACAGAUUCUUUGAACAAUGACUGGGAGAAAAGGCUUCACAAUGCUGUGGCAGAAAUGGAAAAGGAAAAAUUUGAUCUUCAGAAGAAACACACAGAAAAUAUCCAAGAACUGCUUGAGGACACAAAUGCACGUCUUAGUAAAAUGGAGAUCGAGUACUUGACACAGACAAAGGCAACUAACCAGAUGGUCAAAGAACUGGAGGCUCGUGUCCAGCAGCUGACUGUAGAGGCUGAAAAUAGUAAUUCACAGCGUCAGAAAUUAUCUCAAGAAAAGACUGAUCUAGAGCAAUGCUACCAAGCAGCGUGCACUGAACUGCAGGAGGUGAAAUCAAGGUGCAACUCCCUUCAGAAAGAGAAGGAUCGCAUUAUACAAGAUUAUGAACAGAAUAUUCAACAGCAACAAAACAAAUAUGAUAUUGACAUAAAUUUUAUGAAACAGGAACAUGCUCUUUCUGCAGCUAAGGCAUCUGAUGUGAUUGAAGAAUUAGAACAGAGCGUGUCUGAAUUAAAACAACAGUUACAAGAAUCAGAACAUCAAAGGCAGCAACAGCUGAGGGAUCAAGAACACAAAUUUCAACAGGAAAAACUUCAUUUAGAGCGAUUUCAUGAAAAAAAGAUUCAUGGCUUCCAGAAUGACUUUGAUAAAGAGAGGGGGGAUACUCAAAAGAAAAUUCGCAAACUGGAAGAGGCUUUGAAGGAGAAGGAGGAGCAGCUGACUCGGGUGACAGAGGUACAGAGGCUGCAGGCCCAGCAGGCAGAUGCUGCCCUGGAGGAGUUUAAGCGGCAGGUGGAGCUGAACUCAGAAAAAGUCUAUGCUGAAAUGAAACAGCAGAUGGAAAAAGUGGAAUCAGAUCUAAGCAGAUCAAAAUCUCUUCGUGAAAAGCAGUCCAAAGAAUUUUCUUGGCAAUUGGAAGAACUCAAACAAAGAUAUGAGCAACAGAUAGUAGAGCUGAAGCUGGAGCAUGAACAGGAGAAGACGCACCUAUUCCAGCAGCACAACACAGAGAAGGAUUGCCUGGUCCGAGAUCACGAACGGGAAAUUGAAAAACUGGAAAAACAGCUCCGCGCUGCCAUGACGGAGCACGAGAAUAAAACUCAAGAAUGCAGGAAACGAGAUGCCCAGAUUAUCCAUGAUAUGGAGGCCCAAAUCCACAAGCUGAGAGAAGAACUUAUUCAGGUAAAUGCUCAGCGGAAGCAACAGUUGGUAGAGCUUAGUCUUCUACGGGAGGAAGAAAAGCAGAGGGCGGCUCGGGAUCAUGAGACUGCAGUGAAUAAGCUGAAAGCGGAGUCAGAAAAGAUGGCAUUAGACCUGAAAAGGACACAUGCAGCAGAGACAGAGAUGACACUGGAAAAGGCCAACAGCAGGUUGAAGCAGAUUGAAAAGGAAUACAGUCAGAAGUUGGCCAAAUCUUCACAGAUUGUAGCUGAACUUAAGACAACCAUUUCCUCUCUGACAGAGGAGAGCAGCCGGCAGCAGCUUGCUGCAGAAAGGCGGCUCCAGGAUGUCGUACAAAAGUUUGAAGAUGAGAAGAAGCAGAUGAUUAGAGAUAAUGACAGAACAAUCAAGGGAAAAUCUAGUCUCCUACAGAGCACUGGGACAUACAUGCUGGGGAGAAGACUAGGUUUGGAAAGAAAGCAUUGGGAGAAAACCCAGAACCAUUUUUCAGUCUUUUUGUCAGCGAUAGAUACUGAGAAGAAGAACUCUUUCUCAAACAUCUGUGACUCUGCUUUUAAAGAAAAAGAGGCUUUACAAGAUGAAAUGGAAAAUUAUUGCAAUCAGGUACGGUCAGCAGAAAAAAAGCUGCAUCAUAAGGAGUUGGAGACACAAGAACAGGUGACAUACAUAAGACAAGAAUAUGAAUCAAAACUCAAAGGUCUGAUGCCCACAUCUUUGAGACAGGAACUCGAAGACACCAUUGCAUCUUUAAAAUCUCAGGUAAACUUUCUGCAGAAGCGAGCAUCUGUCCUACAGGAAGAACUGAAUGUGUACCACACCAGAAGGUAACUGCUGGAACAGAUGAAAUUGUUGGAGUGACAAAUGGACUUCUUUCAGCAGGUUUGAAGAUUUGGAUCUUGUAAAUUAAACUGUGAGAUCAGUGGCUGUCUUAUUAGCACAGAAAAUGUAAUUAAGCUCAUGAAAGCACAUCCAUCAUUCAUGCCAGUAUUUUUUGAGUUGUUUUCUUUCUUGAAUUAUUUUUUACCAUUAUCUUAUUACAGAUUUACAACUUUGAUAUAUUAAAUGUAUUUGUGUAUAUGCUCAAUUUACUUAUUGGAAAACUAAAUUCCCUCUAGCGUUGGUUUUGCUAUUCCUUCCUAAUAUCAUUUUUAUUCAAUUUUAUACAUGAUCAAAUCAUGUUUAUAUUAUUGUUCAAGAUAUUUUUAAAACAUACUUUACAUUGUUUUCGCAUUCAUAUAUUU